AUGGCUGACGAGGAGAGGGUUCCCGCUCCCUACUUUCAAGAUGACGAGGAGGGAGAGCCAUCAGACGAGGGCGAAGGCGUCGACCUCAUGAGGCGAGACGGCAACCUUGUCGGCUCGGGAGGCGAAGAUAGCAGCGACGAAGAUGAAGAAGAUGAUCCCGAAGAAGCCCGACGCGUUGCAGAGGGCUUCAUCGCAGAGGACGAUGAGGAGGAAGAGGAGGAUGACGAAGCGCGGAGAGAACGUCGUAGGCGCAAAAAGAAGAGAAAGCAAAACGUGGAGGACUUCGAAGUGGACGAGGAUGAUCUCGAGCUUCUCGCAGAGAACACCGGCCAGUCUAGGCGCAAAGAGGCCGGCCGUCUCAAGCGUUUCCGACGAGGCUCUGCUUCUCCACCAGCAGACGACGAAGCUGCCGCUCGCAAAAAGACACUCGACCAGAUCUUCGAAGAUGACGACGAUGACGAGGACGACAUUCGCUCAGGGCGUCGGGGCGUCAACUACGAUGACGACGACGAGGACCUUCCCUCCGUCGGCCAAGCCAUUCGAGCCGGUGUCGCUCGCAAGCAACGUGAGGCUGUCGGAGGGUACGAAGAUGACGGCCUGGACGACUUCAUCGAAGAGGACGAAGAUGACGAGGAGAUGCAGGGCCUCGACGAGGAUGAGCGUGAAGCUCGACGACAAGAGAGGCGUGAGGAAAAGCGCAGGGCACGCAUGUCCGGGUCCGGAGCCAACCCAGCCAAGGCCGGCAUCGACGCCGAGGCGUGGGACGAGGUGCACGAGAUCUUUGGCAAUGGCGAAGACUAUUUCUGGGCCCUUCAAGACGAGGAAGAGGAUGCGCUUGAGGAGGGCAGCAAGAGCAAGAUGGCGUACAAGGACAUCUUCGAACCCGCCCAGAUCGCAGAGCGCAUGUUGACCGAAGAGGACGAGCGCAUCAAGCGGAUCGAUAUUCCCGAACGUCUUCAGCUCGCAUGUCCUGGCGAAGAGGGCCUCAAGCUGCUCGAGCGGAAGCUCACGGACGCCGAGCUUUUCGAAGCCGCAAAGUGGGCCUCUACACGCAUCUCGACCAGAACCUCCGCCGAGUACCUCGACGAGGCCGGUCUCUUCCACGCUCAACGUUCCGAGUUCAUCAACGCCGUCCAGCUCAUGCUUUCGCACAUGCUCAAUGACCUUCUCGAGGUGCCCUUCCUCUUUCAGCACAGAUUCGACGAGCUCGAGCUUCUCAUCUUUGACGAAAUCGAGCAACGAAAUCGCCCCAUCGAUCUCCUCACGCGCAGGGAGCUCUACACGCUCAGUGGACUUGGCCUCAAGUUCAAGACCCUGCUCGUCCGCAAAGAUCAGCUUCGCGCGACCUUCAACAAGAUCCAUGUAGACGUCAAGCCCGAGAACGCGGAUGACAACGUCGCUGCCACCGACGCUUCGAGUCAGCAGAGGCGCACCUUCGAGGGCAUGCUUGCGCAAGCUUCCAGUCUGGAAGAGAUCUCCGACAUUACCGAGUAUCUCACCCUUCGCUACGGUCAGAAGAUGCGCGAUGCGCAGACUUUCGCGGCCAAAGACUCGGACGGAGCUGCCGAAGACAUGGAGGGUCUUACGCUGAACGGCGAAGCCGUUCUGAGCGCCACGCCUGGCUUCAAGAAACCCAGUCUCGUCGGUCAGUACGAGCGCAACAAGAACACGGUCCUCUCAGAGCUCGCCAAGAAAUUCGGCAUCACCUCCGACGAACUCGCAGCCAACAUCACCAGCCAUACUCGCCAGUACUCGCCUCGUGAUCCCGAAGAGUCGCCGUUCAAGUUUGCCGAGCAGUUCACGGGUUCCGCGUGGGGAGCUCAUUCGCCCGAGAUUGCUCUCGCAAAAGCCAAGAUGAUGCUCAGCCAGGAGAUUGGAAAAGAUCCUAUCCUCAAGAGGGAGAUCCGUCAACUCUUCAAGGACGCUGCCGAGAUCAACAUUGAGCCGACGGAACGCGGCAUGACCGUCAUCGACGACCAGCAUCCCUACGCCAAUUUCAAGUUCAUCGCCAACAAGCCCGCUCGCCUCGUUCCUCAGCAGCCCUCGCAGUACCUGCAGAUGCUGCAAGCCGAGGAUGAGCUGUUGAUCAAGCUCGACAUCAACGUCAAGGAGGUCGUUCUGACACGAUUCGAGAACCGCCUCUACAACAACUAUGCAAGCGAAGGGGUCAGCGACGUCAGCAAGGCUUGGAACGAUCAAAGGCGCGAGGUCAUCCGCGAUUCGCUCAAGACUCACCUCGUUCCCAACGGACGAAUCUGGCUCAAGGAAUGGCUCCGGGAAGAGGCUCGCGAGACGCUGUUGCGACACCUCGACGUUCUCAUCACCAAGCGUGUUCAGGAGGGACCCUUCAUGUCCAAGAGCAUGAUGGCGCGCAACCGCGAUCCCAAGAUCGAGGAAGAGGACCGCAUCCCGCGCGUCCUUGCCGUGUCGCAUGGCGGUGGUGACCCCAGAAAGGACGUGGUGCAUGCAGUCUAUCUCGACGAGCGAGGUCGAUUUCGAGAGCACGCCACCUUUGACGACCUUCGUCCGCUCACUCCGCGCCAGCUGCAGGAGCGAGAGAUGGAGAUGGAGCGCUCACGAGGCAAGGCCGUGUUUGACGAUCAUCGUGCCGACUUCAUCAAGCUUCUCAAGCAGCGCAAGCCGGACGUCGUGGUGGUGAGUGGCUGGAGUGUUCGCACAGCCGAGCUCAAGAAGCACGUCACGGAGCUUGCUGCGAUGGCGCACCAGGAAAUCUGCGACGAGGAGCGUCUCAACUCGGAUCUCGAACGCGAUCAGGCCCUCAUCGAUGUCGUCACUUGCCAUGAUGAUGUCGCCCGCAUUUACCAGCACAGCAACCGUGCCGCCGAAGAGUUCCCAGAGCUCAGCGAGUUGGGCCGCUACUGUCUCGCGCUGGCUCGCUACGCCCAAUCGCCAGUCAACGAGUUUGCGGCCCUCGGCAGCGAUCUGACGGCCGUCAUCCUUGAUCCCAACCAGCGCUUGCUGCCGCAGGAUCGCUUGCGUCUCCACUUUGAGCGCAACAUCGGUGCUGUCGUCAACGAGAAUGGUGUCGAGAUCAACCAGGCCACGACAAGCACCUACUUACAAACCAUGCUGCCGUUCGUGGCCGGUCUCGGUCCAAGGAAGGCUCAAGCCCUCGUCAACGCCAUCAGCACCAAGCUCGAAGGCACGCUCAUCAACCGCACGCUGCUCAUCUCGCGAAGCAUCCUCACGUUCCAGGUGUUCCAGAACUGCGCCUCGUUCCUGCGUAUCGAGCAGGACAUGCUCCUCGAGGCGGACGAGGACGAUGUGCCAGAUGUCCUCGACAGCACGCGUAUCCAUCCCGAGGACUACGACUUCCCUCGAAAAAUGGCUGCCGAUGCGCUCAACAAGCACGAGGAGGAUCUUGAAGGAGAGCACCCGAGUCUCCCGUGUAAGGAGCUGAUGGAAGAUCCUGACCCGGAGGACAAGCUUAACACGCUCGACCUCGACAACUACGCCAUGAUGCUGCUGGAGCGCAAGGGCGAGCGAAAGCGCGCGACGCUGCACUCGUGUCGAACCGAGCUGAUCAAGCCCUACGACGACCUGCGCGAAAGGCAGCGCGAGCCCUCGCCGCAGGAGAUCAUGACCAUGUUCACGGGCGAGACGCUCAAGACGCUCGACAAGGGUUUUGUUGUGUCAGUCGAGGUGAUGCGGGUGCAAGAGGGCAAUCGCAUGCAGGAGGGCCACAUCCGAUGUCGACUCGACUCUGGCAUCGAAGGCACCAUCGAGGCCGAGAACACCAGCGACAGUUAUGCGCCUGGCUCGGUGCGUCUGCGUGAUCUGGUGCGCCCGCAACAGACGCUGGACGCCCUUGUUCUCAAGAUCGACUACGACAACUGCUCCGUCGAUCUCAGCAUGAAGCCUUGGGACUUGCAGCCCCAGCAUCGCGCAUCCCACCAGGGCAAGACGCCGCUCGAUCCCAAGUUCUACGACAUGCGCAAAGCCGAGCAGUGGAACGAGCAAGCAGCAGCCAAGGCCAAGCUUCGAGUGCAGGCGCGUCGACAGAACCGCGUCAUCGACCACCCCAACUACCACAACUUCAACUACAAGUCGGCCGUCGCUUUCCUGCGCAGCCAGCCUCGUGGUUCGGUUGUGGUGCGUCCGAGCAGCAAGGGCGACGAUCACCUCGCAGUGACUUGGAAGGUGGACGACGACGUGUAUCAGAACAUCGACGUCCUUGAGCUCGACAAGGAGAGCGAGUAUUCGCUCGGACGUGUCUUGCGCAUCGAAGGCAUGGGCUCGUACUCCGAUCUCGACGAGCUCAUUGUCAACCACGUCAAGCCGAUGGUUCACAUGGUCGAGAUGAUGAUGAACCACGAAAAGUACAAGGGCGCCGACGAGGAAGACCUGCAGCGCUACCUGACCAACUGGUCGCUCGCCAACCCGUCGCGCUCCGUGUACGCAUUCGGUCUCAACAGGGACCGACCUGGCUACUUCAACCUUUCGUUCAAGGCGAAUCGAGAUGCCGCGAUCCAGACAUCGCCGGUCAAGGUACUUCCCAACGCGUUCAAGCUGGGCCCUGCCGAUCAGCUCGCCGACGUCGCUGCGCUGUGCAACGCCUUCAAGACGCAGUACACCACGCAGGCAUCGAUGGGACGCGGAGCAAAGACUCCUUACGGAGGCGGACGCACGCCUGCUCCUGGUAUCGGUGGUGCGACGCCGAUGGGUGGUCGUACACCGUAUGGCGCUAUGAGGACCGGAAUGGCCGGUGGUGCGACGCCUGGACUGGCUGCGGCAGGUGGCUACGGUACGCCUAUGAUGAACAUGGCUUCGGCGACGCCGAACCCUUACGGCGGUGGAGCCUACGGUCGCAACGGCCUGAGUGUGGGUGCAGGCGGAGGAUACGGCGCCCCACCUCCUCCUGGUCGCCCACCUUCGAUGCCCGGUGCGCCUCCCAUGAUGCCCCCUGGCAUGGCCAGCGGCGGCCCGCCUCCUAACUACCCUCCACCGUAUGGAGGUGCUGGCGGCGAGCCUGGCCCGCCUCCUUCGCGCCCACAAGUGCCGCACGGCAUGCACCCCGAUCGCUUCGCGCAGGCGGAGUACGGUGGCCGUAGCAGUCAGCAGCAGCCUUACAGCGGCAACAACGGCGGUGGUGGUGGAUACGGCGGAGGCUACGGAAGAUAUUGA